CUCCAAGUUUCUUUAGGGGGAAUAAACUUUGGAGCUUGAGUCAGUGUGGAGCAGAUAGACGGGCGGUCGGGGUCAGGCAGUCAGGAGACACAUUCUCUUAUCUGAGGAGGAUGCAACACUAUGGCUGCAAAGUCAAGACAACACUAGAUCGGUUUUAUAAAGGAGCUCAUAUUUGGAUUAUUUGAUCUUUUUUUUUACAUUUAUUUAUUUGAAAGUUUGCAUCACUUAUAUUUUAAGAUGCAUCUUUUGGGGAUUUACACCAUUUGGAUUUUAUUCCGUGCAGCCCUGUGCAACUAUUCCGAGGAUCAGUGCAGUUGGAGAGGCAGUGGUUUGUCCCAGCAGCAAGGCAGUGUGGAGCAGAUCUCCCUCCACUGCUCCGAGGGCACCCUAGACUGGCUGUACCCCAAAGGAGCCCUUCGUCUAACCCUGUCGCCUCGCCUGCCCUCUGUGGCUGUGGGCCCCGGGGGCGGCGGCGGCAGCUCGGGCCUCAUCACGGCCUGCGUCAAGCCCUCGGAGCACUUCCACGGCGCCCAGCUCUACCUGGAGAGGGACGGCGUGCUGGAGCUGCUGGUAGGGGACCGACCCGAGUCGUCCCCCCCGCCGAGGGUGCGCUGCUUCAACCGCCAGCCCGGGGAGAAGGUGGCUCUCUUCAUGCAGGCCACACCUCACCAAGACAUAAGCCGGCGCAUUGCGUCCUUCCGAUAUGAGCUGAGGGGGGACUGGACUGCGCGUCUGUCACUUGACUCCAACCAGAUCAGUACUGUUGAAGCGUGCAGACCCUGCAACGACACGGAGAUCCUAAUGGCCGUGUGUACCAGUGACUUUGUGGUGCGAGGAAACAUCCGGUCCGUGGAGGAGGACGAGAACCUCCGCGCCGCGGUCAUCAAGGUCAGCGCCACGCGGGUCUUCCGCCAAAAGUACGCCCUCUUCACCGGCAACGGUCGCAUGGCCGCUCGGGGGGACAUCCGCACCCUUCUGCAGUGCGGCGUCAAACCAGGACCCGGCAGCUUCCUCUUCACCGGUCGGGUCCACUUCGGCGAGGCCUGGCUCGGCUGCGCCCCUCGCUAUAAAGACUUCCUGCAGGCUUACAUCGCGGCCAAAGCGGUCCAGCAGAUCCCAUGCGAACUCCCCGUGGACUGAGCUUGAAAAUUUUGUCGCUGCUUGUCUACGAUACGGAACCGAGGCGCAGGGGAAGGCCGGGUCGACCCGCUUCGAGUCGUGGGGGAACCCAUUGCGAGCUACUAAGGGGUCCGUGAAAAAUGGGACUUUUCCCCAUACGUCUUUUCAGUGCAAUAACAGCUUGCCGAGCUGUGACGGCAGCUUUUCGGCUGCCGAAAUAGAAGCAUUUAGAUUGACAUAGCAACACAAGAGGGUGAAAUCUGAUUGGACAAAAAAAAAAAUCAAAUCAAAUAUCCGUGAGCGAAAAGCCACCAAAUGAAAAGCAUAGUUAAUAAAUAAAUACAAAUAGACAAACGUAGGCUCCUAAUGGGAGUCACUGAAACUCAGGGAAUGUACAGAAAUGAACUCAGCAGGGACACAAAAUACUUCCCAGCAGAACCAAGGAGUUUUUAGUUGGUGACGUGAGUGGGCGAUGGAGAUUAUAAAAUCAGAUGAAAAUGCACUCAGUGAAUGAAUCGCAAAUGCUGCAAACACACACACAAAAAAAAUGGAAAAACCAAAAAUAAUUAAAAAGCAAAGUAUAUGUAGCACGGCGGUGCAUUUCAGAAUUUAAUAUAUGCGCAUACAGAUAUUGUGAGCAUGUACAGUAAUAAUAAGGCAGUCACAUGGCUUGCCCUUAUUCUGACAGUUUGUGUCAAUCACAUGCAAAAGAAGUGUGUCGAAUGCAACUGGCGACAACAUGUUUUCAAAUCGAGAACGCAAGCAAGAACGGAGGGAGAAAAAAAAAAUCGUACAAAAUGCCGUUUUCUUGCACUACAUCAAUGACGAGAUCGUACCAAAUGAC